AACACCCCAUUGCUCUGAAACCCAUAAAUAAAUGCCUGUGCAACCAAUUCAUGGAUCCAUUUUGAAAGGUUAUAAAACAAUUCUUCCAGCUUUGAGCUUUUCAUGAAGAACUGUGUAGUCUGCAGACAAAAUUGGAAGAAUUAGCAAAUGCUAAGACAAGGAGCUGCAGAGAUCUGCCACCUCAGGUGAGCAAAUUGAGUGAGAAGAAUCAGUUGCAAAGGGGUCAGAAGAAAAUGUUCUGCUCAGAGGACCUGAGAGGCAGAGAAAGGAAACCUUACACCUGCACCAUCCCCACCACCAGACACAGAGGUGGCACCAUCAUUCUGUGGGAUCACUUUUCAUUAUCAGCAUGGCAUGCUCUGCAGUCGGGCGGCUCCGUGUUGGACGCUGUGGAGAAAGGCUGCGCUCGCUGCGAAGUUGACCAAUGUGACGGCACUGUGGGCUUUGGCGGCAGCCCUGACGAGACUGGAGAAACCACACUGGAUGCCAUGAUCAUGAACGGUAACUCGAUGGAGGUGGGAGCGGUGGCAGACCUGAGAAGAAUCAAAAAUGCUAUUGGAGUCGCCAGAGCCGUGAUGGAGCGCACUGAACAUACGAUGCUAGUGGGAGAGUCAGCCUCUGUGUUUGCUGAAAACAUGGGCUUUGUUGCAGAAGACCUGACUACCAACGAAUCUUUGAAUGUUUUCUCACAGUGGCUGAAGGGCAACUGCCAACCUAAUUAUCGAAAGAACGUCAGUCCAGAUCCGUCAACGUCGUGUGGACCUUACGGACCAAAAGCAGCGCAGACACAGUGUAAUGGAGAGCGGCAGGUUAAUAUACACUCCCAUGACACCAUAGGGAUGAUUGCCAUGGAUAAAGAUGGUCACACGGCUGCUGGAACAUCAACUAAUGGACUAUCACACAAGGUUCCAGGCCGCGUUGGAGACUCCCCCAUCAUCGGAGCAGGAGCCUACGCAGACAGCGCAGCUGGUGCUGCCGCCGCCACUGGAGACGGAGACAUCAUGAUGCGUUUUCUGCCCAGCUACUUGGCUGUGGAGCUGAUGAGGAACGGGGCCGAUCCCUCAGCAGCCUGCAAGUCGGCCAUCUCCAGAAUCAAGAGGCAUUACUCAGACUUCUUUGGAGCCAUAAUCUGCGCUAACACAACAGGCCAUUAUGGUGCAGCGUGUAAUAAGGUCCCCAGCCUCACACAGUUCCACUACAUGGUGGCCGACUCCGAGUCAGACACAGCAGUCCUAAAAUCUGUGCCUUGCUUUUAAACAAACUCAGUCACAUUAUCUCUGGAUUACAAGGUGAAUUUUUAUUCUGAUCAUUUCUUUUGAUAAAACAAGUAUAAAAUCACACCAAUAAAACAUUACAAAAUAAA